AUGAAUGAGCAGCGCAUCAGACAGCGGGAGCACGCGGGAGUGCAGCAUGCUCAGCGUGCAGCCGCCCUCCCAGCCCUGGCUUGCUACGAGCAAUGUGUAGCCAAGAAAUUUGGAUCUCCUUUGCCUUCUCUCUCGCCAUCAGUUGGCCUCGGUGCGAAGCAGGAGAGAAUAGGACCACAAGGCCCUCCUGGACCACCAGGACCCCCUGGACCAUCUGGCAAGGACGGCAUAGAUGGACACACUGGUCACAAAGGAGAACCUGGUGAAGUAGGAAAAGAAGGAGAAAAGGGCAACCCUGGCCCUCCCGGUCCUCCAGGCAUCCCCGGCAGCGUUGGCCUGCAGGGCCCAAGAGGACUAAGAGGCCUCCCUGGUCCAAUGGGACCGGCUGGUGACAGGGGUGACAUCGGUUUCAGAGGGCCGCCCGGAAUCCCAGGACCUCCGGGGAAAGCUGGAGAGCAAGGAAGCAAAGGACCGCAAGGAUUCAGGGGGCCCAAAGGCGAUACUGGUAGACCUGGACCAAAAGGAAACCCAGGGGCUCGUGGACUCAUAGGAGAACCUGGCAUGCCUGGCAAGGAUGGACGGGAUGGAGCUCCUGGAGUCGAUGGUGAGAAGGGUGAUGCAGCUCGCAUGGGUGCUCCCGGAGAGAAGGGACCGAACGGCCUGCCUGGACUGCCUGGAAGAGCAGGUAUCAAAGGCUCCAAGGGUGAACCAGGCAGUCCUGGAGAGAUGGGUGAGGCCGGUCCCUCCGGAGAGCCAGGCAUCCCAGGCGAGGUUGGUAUUCCUGGUGAGAGAGGUCUGCUGGGACCCCGAGGAGCAACUGGCCCACUUGGUCUCCAGGGCCCGAUCGGAGCCCCGGGUGUCAGAGGGUUCCAGGGUCCCAAAGGUGCCAGUGGUGAACCUGGGCUUCCCGGUCCGACGGGAAUUCGUGGAGAGACAGGUGACAGGGGUCCUACUGGUGUUCCCGGUCCCAAAGGUAACCAGGGCAUCGCUGGAGCAGAUGGCCUCCCAGGUGACAAAGGAGAACUGGGUCCCUUUGGUCCCCCUGGGCAAAAAGGAGAGCCAGGAAAAAGAGGAGAACUUGGUCCAAAAGGUGUCCAAGGACCCAACGGGACAGCUGGAGUACCAGGGAUCCCAGGACACCCAGGGCCCAUGGGCCAUCAGGGGGAGCGAGGCGUUCCUGGCAUCACGGGAAAACCUGGUCCUCCUGGCAAAGAGGCCAGUGAACAACGUAUAAGAGAACUGUGUGGGGAAAUGAUAAAUGAUCAAAUUGCACAGUUAGCUGCUAAUCUGAGAAAGCCCUUGUCUCCUGGAAUGACGGGUCGUCCUGGCCCAGCCGGUCCCCCCGGUCCCCCUGGAGCUACGGGAAGCGUUGGGCAUCCUGGUCCUCGUGGUCCCCCUGGGUACAGAGGGCCAACAGGAGAACUUGGUGAUCCUGGUCCCAGAGGUGACACUGGGGAAAAGGGAGAUAAAGGACCUGUUGGUCAAGGUAUUGAUGGCCCUGACGGCGACCAAGGACCUCAAGGGCCACCUGGUGUACCUGGAAUUACUAAGAAUGGUCGUGAUGGUGCUCAGGGUGAACCCGGUCUUCCAGGGGAUCCUGGUACUCCCGGUGCUAUUGGGGCUCAGGGAACUCCAGGAAUAUGUGACACGUCGGCUUGCAUGGGAGCUGUUGGAGCAUCAACUUCCAAAAAAUCAUAAAACAACAGUACAAGAAGUGGAGAAGUGACUGAAUAUUUAAAUAAACAGUGCAUUGUAAGAAAACAGACAGAAUCCUUCUAGCGAUAAAUGGACACAUGUUCCUUCUAUUACAUUAAGUGGAGACUUUGACACAGUUCUGUGAAAAAGAAAGCAUCAGAUGAAAACUUUAAUUAAAAGAUGCUUUAUGAGUAUUUUUCUCCUCCCCCCAAUUAUUUUCCAGAAUUUUUACUUCCCUUUCUCCCUUUGUUCAAGAGACCUACAAGAGGAAGCAUUGUUCCUUUUU